CAGAGUUAACUACUACUGCAGAAAAACAAAGUCCCUCCCCUCCAUCACUGGACUGCGUUUCACUGACUUCAGCGGCUAGAGAGUGAGUGAGGCUUCUCAGAGAUGCUCUCAGUCUUUUGCAGAACCUGAGCAGCUUCUGAGGAUUCGACAUGGAAAGAUGUGACAUCUGAGAGGACAUAAUGGAAGAAGUUUCUUUGCAGCAACAGAUUGGAAGCAAGAAGUUUCAUCCAUUUGUUUAGUUUCAGGGGUAAGAGAGCGAGUCGGUGAAUGGUUAAAAAUGUCUUCCUCCCCUGCUGUGACGGUACGGGAGCAUGCAGACACGCUGUACAUCUCCAUAGAAGCGGCCAUUGCAUUGGCCUCCGUGCUGGGCAACGUGUUGGUGGUGUUAGUGGUUUGCGUUAACCGGACCCUGCGUGAUACUACUUUUUGCUUCAUCGUGUCGCUGGCGGUGGCUGACAUUGCUGUGGGGGUGCUGGUGAUCCCACUAGCCGUCACUAUAAGUUUGGGUAUAAACACUCAGUUCUAUACCUGCCUCUUUCUCUCCUGCCUGCUUGUCAUCAUCACGCAGAGCUCCAUCCUGUCACUGCUCGCCAUCGCCGUUGACCGCUACCUGAGGGUCAAGAUCCCCACCAGGUACAGCACUAUUGUGACCCAGAAGAGGGCCUACCUGGCUGUGUGUCUGUGUUGGAUCAUCUCCUUCCUCACCGGCCUGGUUCCCAUGGUUGGUUGGAACAACCGCCAUGUUCUGGGGAACCUCAGCCUCUCCGACUACAUGGUUUGCAAGUUCACCACCGUAAUGACUAUGGACUACAUGGUCUACUUCAACUUCUUCGGCUGGGUGGUGGCGCCCCUGGUUGUCAUGAUCGCGCUCUACGGGGAGAUCUUCAGAGUGAUCCGGCGGCAGCUCAACCGGCGUGCCGAGGCCACCUCGGAUGGUGAGCGCUACUACAGGAAAGAGUUGAAGCUGGCCAAAUCCUUGGCUUUGGUGGUGCUCCUUUUUGCAGUGUGCUGGCUGCCGCUGCAUAUUAUGAACUGCGUGGAAUUCUUCUACUCGGACUCUUCCAUUCCUAAGCUGGCCGUCUACGUGGGCAUUUUCAUGUCCCAUGUCAACUCGGCACUCAACCCGCUGGUCUAUGCGUUUCGGAUAAAGCGCUUUCGGGUCACGUUGCUGGAGAUCACGCGGAGGUGCAUGUCUUGUAAAACAAUGGAACCCAGCCCAUAUCCUUGCAGCAUGCCGGCUGAGAAAGUGGACUUGCCGCAAGGCAUGCAGGGUGAUCCUGUAGAUGGCGCCAAAUGAAGCCGUUCAUCAUAGCCUUU